AUGUAAUCUCUUUGCAUCCCUUCCUCGCGAUCUUCUCGCACUCUUUUCUCGUUAUCGAUCAUAGAUAAGAAAGGAGGGGGUCUAUGGCCUCCAUUGUUGGUUGUAGAGGGGCCAUGAAGGCUACAUAUUUAUCACGAGUCUAACGAGUUUGACGAGGACCAUUAUACCUUUAUUGCUAGAUGAGUCCGACAAAAGGGGUAGGGCAAUCGACAUGACGAAAAAGAGCAAUUAACGAGGUAUAGUGCGGCGAUUAUUUUGAAAAGAAAAAAGAAUGUGCAACAAGAUUUUUGAAACUGGGGACUCUAUAUAAUUUUUUUCAAACUUAGGGUUUUUUUUUUAAAAUAUCCAAAAAAAAUAAUCAAAUGUGUUUUUGAUUUUUUUUCCAUCUUUAAUGCAUGCAUAUUUAACGAAUUUGAAAUAAUUUCAAAAAACCUCUAAUAAAGGCAUUUGGUUACUUUAUCUUUUUGUUUUGUUUCAUUUGAUCCUAACUCAAAGAAUGGUUCAUAUCAAGAUACAACCAUUUAUUAAUCUUGCUGAAUUUAAACCACUAAUAUUCAUGGUAAAUCGAAUUUGUUGCGUCUGAACCGCUAGGGUUUAGACUUCACUGUGGUUUUGGAACUGACGAUUCCAUGGAAAAUGGAAUCACAACCGUAGCAGUUCCAAAAACCGUUAGUUAUGGAGAUGGAUCACAUUGUGCUCCUUACGCCCGACUCUUCUCCCUCAGUCGGUCUUUAUCCGCCGUUAACACCAACACCCAUGGACACAAUAGUUCCUCCAUGCUCGGCGCCUGCUCCAUUUGCAGGAUCACCGAUGGGUUGCUUAGGUUCGUCAUCCCCAAGCACAGUAACAUCCGAAAGCUAUCAAACCUCUCCCCCAACAUGAGAUCUUAUGAACCCAACGGCUCCAUCCUUACAAGAAUGGGUGGAGCAACACUAGCCCCUAGAUGGCCCAACAACGGCUCCGGUGGAGGCCACACCGCUACCCUGGAGUUUCAUGGGUGGUUCGGUCUGUUUUCCGUUCUGGUGCCGGUCCGGCGGCUAUUUCUACGUUAGCCCAUGAAAUGCCGAGCGUGCCCGCGUCCUCCUCGUGUCUACGGAUCUCGUCUCCUUACUCCGAGACCGCGAAACCCUAAUCCUUUUCCUCCCUCAAUUUGUGGAGCCGGAGUGAAAGAACGGCAGGUCUCGCCAUUCCCGGACGAACGGGCUCCCGAAUCAAUGGAGUCCCUGGCGCCACGCAAGGAAACGUGGAUCAGGGCGGAGCGAGAGGGCAACGACGCCCUGCCCGUUGCCGAGGCUGGUGACUUGGACGACCGCUCCUUCGCGACGAGUGAGCCUGCGAGCGAUUUGAAGGAAGAGGUGAAAGGGUUUGUUUAGGGAGAUCCGGUGGGGUGGACGGUUCUGGACUCGAUGGCAGCAGCUAGAAUGAUGCUUCUACACAUCUAGUCAACAAUGUGCCUGAAACAGACAAGGGAGUUCAUUUCUCCCAGCCAUUUCUUGUUUUUGGUGCAAACAAGUGAUGAAGGCUGACAAGCAGUCAACGGAAAGUCCUGACAGGCUACGAGGAUCUGCACGAAUAUAUAGAUCAUCAAUUAAAAUUGAUGUGCCUAAUAUUGUCUCCAUGUCAGCAUAUGUGGACCUAACUCUACCAGGAAGUGCUGGCCUCUGUGUACACACAAUUCAUCAUCCUAUUUACUUGGUUGCUGACUCAUGGUAGUCUCUGGAGGGAUGGGUGGAUGCUAUUCGCCUUGUCUGCACCAUUUUUACCCAAGGAAAGAGUGAUAUUCUUGCCAGCAUCCUAACUGGUUGACCACCCGUAUUUGAGAAUUUGUUCUCAAGACAUCAUGUUAUAUAACCUGAUGAAUUCCAAGUAUCCGAAUACGUAUAUAGCAUCUCCUCAUGUCAUUUGGUUGUUAGUUACCCAUAUGAACAAGAGCAGUAGUUUAUUUCUCCGAAAGUUCAAGCCAAGUUUACCACAGAUAUCAGUUUAUCCCCAUGUCAUUUCUGUAGUUGCUGAUGCAAACACUGUGAACUUGUCGACUAGUGGCUUCGUUGUCUCUGUGAAAAUACUAUCUUAUCUUACCAUUCAUGUUUGGCUGGACAUUAUCCAAAACUGGGCCACCAAAAUGAUAGAAAUAUUUAUGUUUUUUUUUAACAUCCCAGGUCUCAAUCUUUAAUCAUGUUGAAAGGGAGAGCGUUGCAGCCCGGCUACACCAAUGGAACCAAAUUAUGUACAGCAUGUAUUGGCGUCGGCAGGUCAAAUCAUUGCAGCAAUAAAUAAUUGGCAGAAUGCUUGGGAGCCGCAGAGCGCGCCCGCAAUGGCGUUAUGGAAUCAUCAGGUGAAGGAAAGAAAGAACAGGUGAUUGGAUUUGUCAUGUUAUGGGCAUCUUUGUAUGAAAAGAUUGAAGCUGGGGAAAAGAAGGGGAGCACGUUGGACCGCCAAAAGUUUCAAGGUCUUUUCUAAUCAUUGCCGCUGAUACAGGGUGAAAGCCAAAAGCUUUUGGAUGAAGUUGAUCCAUACACACUUUUCCUUUUUUCUCCUCGUCAAAUUAGCUGGCUCGGGGUUCGACCGGGACAGGUGAUCCUCAGAUUAAUAGUGUGCAGGAUUCCCCUGACAUGUCGCGUCCGCUGCUCCUCCGGACCAUCCUAACUUCACGGUGUGCCGGCACCCCUCCAUAUAGUCCGGAGGCGCGCGCAGUCGGGGGAGAUGAGCGGGGCCGCCGGAGGAUGGAAGAUGCCGCCUCUGCGUCUGUUGCGCAGCCGUCCUCAGCGACCUCCUUCCUCCGCCUCCUGGGCCUCCUCAAGCUGCCCGACGCCGACCCCGAUCCCGACCCCUUCCCGACUCGCCACCUCGAGCUCGACGAGAGCGACGUGGUUUGGUCAUCCCCCUCCGAAGAGCUCUCCUCCUCGCCCUCCCCGUCCUCCUACGACGACCGUGAUUCCGUAGAUUGCUUCUCCUCCCCGUCGCCUGGUCUCGUCCGGAGCUCUGUCCCGGGUUCCUCCUUCUCGCCCUUUGGCCGAUUCCGCCGCAGGCCAGCGCCGGAAAGGUGCGGCCUUUCCGCCGCCCUGGCGGAGGACCGGCGUCCCCUGGUUCUUCAGCGAUGCACAACCGAGAGCACCGCGCGGCCGGUAGAGAUGCCGGAAGGGAGGGCAGUGGAGGCUUUGGUGGCCGGGAGGGUGGCCCACCAUCAGUCAGCGCCGGUUAACGUCCCUGUGUGGCCGAGGUGGAGGAGCGAGCGGCAAGAUGAUGUCUUGGAUGGAUUGGAGGAAGAGGAAGGACGGGAGGGCGAGGAGGAGGAGAUGGUGCCGCCUCAUGUGAUCGUGGCGAGAUCGCACGUGAUGACGUUCUCGGUGUUCGAGGGCGUGGGGAGGACCCUCAAAGGGAGGGAUCUCCGGCGGGUGAGGAAUGCCGUGCUGCAGAAGACCGGCUUCCUCGACGUGUAAAAGGCCAAAAGCCACCGCCUCCUUCCCUCCCUCUGCUUCAUUUCUUUUAAGUUCCUUGUUUGUGUGUGCACGUUCUUCCUGUUCAUAUAAGGAAUAACCAGUUGAAAUGUGGCUCUUUUUUGUGGUCUAUGACUGUUCAAGUGUAGUUACAGGUUUAUGGAUCCCAAGAAUUCUCAUGAUGUCAAUUUGCUUUGCCUUUAUUUGUUUCCCUCAACUUGUACACAUACUUAUUGUUGGUGGGUUGAAAGAUUUAGUAUAGUUUUCUCUGUCUUCCUAUUAGCAGAUAAUUUUGGUUACUCGUUUGCUAGAUGUUUAAUCUUUUCUAUAUGGUUCAUAUAUUCCUUCCCUCUUUCCCUUCAUUUGGUCAAGAAAAUGACACUUUUGAGCAGCCAAUUCCAGAUAUUGGUUGGAGAGUUGAAACAUAGGUGGUAGAAUCACAAAUAAGAUUGCAGGCUUCAUGUUCUUCAAAUAGUUCUAUUGAUUUGAUCAGUUUGGCUGCUAGUGUAGAAAAGCUGAACCCUUUAGUGUGGAUCAUUUUUUAUCUUUUGAGGUUGUGGCCUUUUCUGCUCCACCACUUCUCUCAGCUCAACUUGUGAUCCAUAUAGCCUUCUCAUGUUGACAUCCAAAUCAGAAAGAAACAUAUCAUGUUUCAAGUUGUCUCCAAUAAUUCUGCCUCGAAUGAAUCUUUCUAUUAAGAAGCAGAAAAGGUUGAUUUUUUUGGUUUUAGCUUAUCACCUACGAUUUCCAUGCUGCAUCUAACACGAUCUCUUUUGCAGAUGUAAACACAUGCCACCACCUUUUAUUCAUUUCUCUCAGCCACAAUUCUGUCAUCAAUGGCUUUAUCUGUAAGAAAGUGAGCUGGUACUGUAUUUGCUUGCAUAGAAGAAAUUUUGGUAGAUGAUGAUGACGACUUUGGAAUAACUCAGAAGAAAGAAAGAUAAAAAGAAGUUAUGGAGUGAUGAUGCCAUGAAAAUGCUACUGCAGAAAGUCUAGGAGUUUUCUCCUCUCUCUCAAUGUGAGAGUUGUUCGAAGGACCAAAAAGAGAACACAACCUGAUGAAUGAAACAGCGUCGAUCCAACGUGAAUCGAUCGUGUCGGGUUUGACCAAACCCUGAAGCAAAGAACUCCACAGUGUAGACCAAGUGACGUGGAAUUGGGACCGUAACAGCGGUCGGCUUAAUAUCUAUCAGUGUAAGAUCAACGGCUAACGUCAUCUUUUCGCCCCACCAUUACCGUAUCUUUUAAGAUGGCAUUAAAUGGCAACGGUCGGCUGCUCCCAACGGUCACAUUUUCCUUCAAAUUUUGAGCUGUUUUGGGACCGAAAUGGCGGAAAGAAGACAAAACGGGCAAAAAGAGAACACAAAAGCAAAGAAACUCUAUAGUCUCUCCUCCUCUCCCUUCUCCCCGGUCCACGAUUCUUGGAGGUCCUAGCCACGAAGCCUAACUCCCAGAUCCUUCUCCCCUCUCCUUUGUUUGCGGGUCCAAGAUUCGGAGGUGGAGAAGACCCGGUCACCUUUGCUCGAACCGGUGAUGGACGACUCCUUCGAUUCGAUGGUGUUGGUCUCGGGGCCCAAGUUCGUUCUUUGGGGGCUCGGCCAAAUGGCGUUCAAAGAUGAUGUUGUAAUGUUUGUUAAUGCGGGAGGCCACGAGAUACAUGGCCAAGAUUCCCGUGUGAGGAUUGAUGGCGAUUCUUGCUUUCAAGGUGGAGAUGUAAUAGAGACCAACGAGAUGAUAAUAGAAGGUGGCGACUGCCCAUCUCUUUAUCAGUCUGCGCGGUAUGGAGACUUCUGCUACAAGUUUGAUAGUCUUGCUCCUGGGGACUAUUUCAUGGACUUGCAUUUCGCGGAGAUCGUCAAUACAAAUGGUCCUAAAGGAAUUAGGGUGUUCAAUGUAUUUGUGCAAGAAGAGAAGAUAUUGUCUGGGCUUGAUAUAUUCGCUGUUGUUGGAGCUAAUAAGCCACUGCAGCUAGUUGAUCUCAGAGUUUCUGUGGUGGAUGAUGGGAAUAUUUUGGUAAGAUUUGAGGGACUUAGUGGGACUCCAACAGUUUGUGGGAUUUGCAUCAGAAAAGCACCAGCCUUAUCAGACUUGGCGAAACCUGAACAUCUUACAUGUAUCAAAUGUGCCACUGAGAUAGAGGUUUCUCCACUUAAGAAUAAAUUUCAAAAUAGAAACAUUGCUCAGUACGAGAAGAAAAUACAGGAGCUAACCAGUGAAUGUAAAAUGAAAUCUGAUGAGUGUUAUGAAGCUUGGAUGUCACUGACAGAUGCAAAUGAGCAGCUACGAAGGCUGAACAUUGAGCUUGACAAUAAGCUCUUCCAAAAUGAAACACUUGAACAAAAUCUCGAAAGAGAGAUGGAGAAAUUUAGAGAUACCUCUGAAAGGUACAAGAAUGAUAAGAAGCUUUGGUCUGCUGCAAUCGCUAAUCUGGAAAAAAAGAUUAAGGCCAUAAAAGAAGAGUACACUCAACUUUCUCAAGAUGCACAUGAUUGUGCCAACUCAAUUCCAAAUCUGAAUAAGAUGACCAUUGCGGUUCAGGCCCUAGUUGCACAAACUGAAGAUCUUAAAUUGAAGUACAGCGAGGAGAUAGCCAAGAGAAAAAAGCUAUAUAACCAAAUCCAGGAGGCAAAAGGGAAUAUCAGGGUGUUCUGUAGGUGUCGCCCUUUGAGUAAGCAGGAGGUUUCAACUGGUCACAAUGCUGUUGUAGAUUUUGAUGCAGCAAAGGAUGGUGAAAUUGGAAUUAUGAAUGGUGGAGCGACAAAAAAAAGCUUCAAGUUUGAUCGGGUCUAUACUCCAAAGGAUAAUCAAGCUGACGUUUACGCGGAUGCUUCACCCUUGGUCACAUCAGUCCUUGAUGGCUACAACGUGUGCAUAUUUGCAUAUGGGCAGACUGGAACAGGGAAGACUUUCACAAUGGAAGGAACUGAGCAAAAUAGAGGAGUUAAUUACAGAACGCUGGAGGAGUUGUUUAAAAUAGCUGAGGAACGGAAUGAGACGUAUUCCUAUAACCUUUCUGUGAGUGUUCUGGAGGUGUACAAUGAGCAAAUCAGAGACCUGUUGGCAACAUCUCCAUCAACAAAAAAGUUGGAGGUAAGGCAGGCAGCUGAAGGGUUUCAUCAUGUGCCAGGGAUAGUAGAAGCUAAGGUUGAAAACAUAAAGGAGGCUUGGGAUGUCCUGCAAGCUGGGAGUAACGCCAGAUCUGUUGGAUCUAACAAUGUGAAUGAGCAUAGCAGCCGAUCGCACUGCAUGCUUUGUAUAAUGGUGAGAGCCAAAAACUUAAUGGAUGGAGUCUGCACAAAAAGCAAGCUUUGGCUUGUGGACUUGGCUGGAAGUGAGAGGCUGACAAAGACAGAUGUACAGGGGGAGAGGCUUAAGGAAGCCCAGAACAUUAAUAGGUCACUCUCUGCCCUCGGCGAUGUCAUUUCUGCUCUUGCUACCAAAAACAACCACAUUCCUUACAGGAAUUCCAAGCUGACACAUUUACUGCAAGAUUCACUAGGAGGUGAUUCGAAAGCUUUGAUGCUUGUACAAAUUAGCCCCUCAGAGAACGACCUAGGAGAAACUGUCAGUUCUCUGAAUUUUGCAAGUCGAGUACGGGGAGUAGAAUUGGGUCUUGCAAAGAAGCAGGUUGACACAGUUGAGUUGCAAAAGAUGAAACAGAUGAUUGAUAAAGUAAGGCAGGAAUCUAGAACUAAGGAUGAGUCAUUGAGGAAGCUUGAAGAGAACUUUCAAAAUCUAGAGAACAAAUUGAAAGAAAAAGAACAGCUUUGCAGGACUCUCCAGGAAAAGAACAAAGAGCUCACAAACCAACUGGAGUCUAACACAGAAUCACAAAGUUUGUCAGAGAGAAAACAGUGGCAACUCAUAGAGAAAUUGAAUGGGAAGGAAGAAGCUUAUGCUGUGCUUCAGCAAAAAGUAAAAGAGAUGGAGUGUAAAUUCAAGGAUCAACAACACUCUGAAUCUGUUAUUCUUCAGCUAAAGGUUAAAGAGCUUGAAUGCAAACUUAAAGAACAAGCACACUCUGAAAAUGUAGCUGCACAGAAGGUUAAGGAAUUAGAGUACAAACUAAAAGAAAGACUACAAUUUCAGUUGAAUCUUGAACAAAAAGUCAAAGAGCUGGAAAACAAGCUAAGAGAACAGAAAGAAGAACAAGACUCCAUGUUACUAUUACAGUCAGCAGAUAGAUCAAGAAUUGCAACACCAAUAGAAGGAAGAUCAUUUUCGAGUAAUGAAUCAACAAGUCAUACAGACCCUCAGAUACUGAGAAAUUCAAACUCCUUAAAUAAGCCAAUGACAAGUCAGUUUUCCUUCUUACUUAAAGGAGUAGAAUCUCUUCAUGAGAUCAAAAGGAAAAGAGACAAUAAUAGAAGUACGUCUGUCGAAAAUGAGAAUGUUAUUUCAGCAAGCUUAGUAGAGAAGAAGAUGGCACCGACUGAACUCAGCAGAACUAGAAAAGUUGAUCCAGCAAAAGCAUAUGGAAGGCUAACUAGGACAACAAAGGUCAUUACAACACAAAAACUCUUUCUUCAUGGCAGAAAUAAGAAGGAACAGCAAGAUGGUGCAGCCAGGGAGAAAGAUAAGACGAGGGCCUGGGUCUAGGUAUCCAUCAUAUGAGAACAUUUGCAUCCAAAAUGCAAAUUUAAGUUGAAAUUUAAGUUGUUCUCAACUGUAUCUUGUUGUUGAAGCCAAAAUGCACAUUUGCAUUGUAACUUAGAAGCAUUAUGAAUUUUAUGUUGAUUUUUAUCUGCCAAAAUACUUUUUGAGCAGAAUACAAAAUUCUUCUGCUGUUUUAUAUCAACUACAAUUUGGAGUAAGGUCCAACAUGCUUUCAUAAUUUUAUCAAGAUCCACAUCCACCUGGAA